AUGAACAAGAAGCUUGGGAAUCCUGGCCUCAUGCUGGUUGAUCUUCGCCCCGCCGCCUACCCCAUCGCCGUCAUAGCCAGCCAUGAAAUUGCUGAGCAGAUCUCGAGGGCCUCUAAGCUGUUCCCCUGGAGCACCUCCAAGUCACCCACUGUCAACGCAUUCGACCGCCUCAUAGGAAGCCGCUCCAUAAUAGGUAGACAAGGAGAAGAGUGGAAGCAUCUCCGCAAGCGCUUCAACCCUGGCUUCGCUCCUCAUCAUCUCAUGACUCUCCUCCCCUGCAUCCUGGACAAGACUCGGCCGUUUCUAGAACACCUCGACGGCUACGCUAAGACGGGAGAUGAGUUUCUUCUCGAUGACCUCACCGUCAACCUCACGUUCGACAUCAUUAGCAACGUAGUAAUGGAUGUUGACUUUGAUGCGCAACACCCCGGCACGACCCGCCAGGGAGAUCGUAACGGGCUCUGGUGGCUGCGUCCUCGGGUCGAGUGGCACCGCCAUCAGAUCGAUUCUCGCCUCAAUCAGACCCUCUGGGACAUGAUCCGGCAAAAAUAUGCUGAGCAGAAGCAGCAGGGCGUUUCCCAAAACCUACGCAGUGUUCUCGGCCUCAGCCUGCAAGGCGUCGACCACCUCAGCGAUGCUCUCAUCAAGGACACUGGCGACCAGAUUCGAAGCUUCCUGUUCGCGGGCGACGACACGACGGCUAUCCUACUGGGGUGGAUCUUCUACGAGCUCUCGCGGACCCCGGCGGCCCUGAAGGCUGUGCGCGACGAGCUGGACGACAUCUUUGGGCGGGAUGCAGUUGUUGUGCGCGAGAAGCUGGUGUCGAGAGAGGGCGAAGACGCGAUCCGGCGUAUGACGUUCACGUCGGCCGUGAUCAAGGAAGCCCUGUGCCUGCACCCGCCUGCGGGCACGGCACGGCGAGCGCUGCCUGGCUCGGGCUUCAUGGUGCGCACCACCCAGGGCGAGGGCCUGUGUCUGGACGGACUACUGGUCGUCUACAACUGCGCCAACAUAAUCCAGAGGGACCGGCCUGCCUGGCGGCCGUUUGAGCGGGGGCCUCGUAACUGCAUCGGACAAGAGCUUGCCAACAUCGAGGCGCGACAGUUCGAGGUCGAAUCGGAGCUAUACAGUACGCGACAAAUAACAUCAAAGUCGAUUGAUGGGACCAGAAUGAGAGUGCAGCUUGCACCCAGGGCCCUUGUCAAGCCGCUGUGA